CUCCGAUGUCCUCUGCUGGUUCUUAGGGCGCUCUCAUAGCCCGUAGUGGGCUUUGCGAUCGAAGAACCGCGAGGUUUUCAUUAUGGAUCGCCAAAUGUUCCACCUUUUCUUCCUCUUUUGUUUGUUUUUGCGCUGUUUGGAUGAGUCGGCCCGUCUCAUUGUAGAUUUUUGUGGUUUCUGAUCGAUGUAGCGCGGUUUUAGUGUUCUGGUUGUCUUUCGCAGAGAAAUGGCACGAGUUUGCUUCUUUCUUUGGAUUUGAGUUGGUUCCGUGCUUUUCACUUGUUGCGCUGCCUAGAAACUGCGAGCACCGUCAUCUGCUGCUUCAUGUCGCGCUGCUCUUCUCUUCUUAUAUUCAGUCAAGGAAAAAUCUUCAGUGUAACGUCCGCAGUUUGUAAGAGAAGAUGUGCCUUGUAGAUUAGUCUUCGUUUUCCCCCGUUUCUGUUCUCAAUCGAGUUCGAAGGAUGUGUUGCAAGUAUUUUCUCAAGGAAUCAAUCGACGCCUCCAUUGAUUUGAGCGAAAAAGAACCAACUCUUUUGCUUUCAACAGAUUUGCAAUCGACGGAUCUAUACUUGGUUUCCUUCUCCCUGUGGACGAUCGUCGUCUUCUUCUCAUGCUAUCUAUGGGAGUUGUACCAGAGAGUAAGCAGCCCGGAUGUCCUUCCCCUCGGCAAUGGCAAGAAGCACAGCUUGAGAACCUCCAAGGAAGACGACGCCGAUGAAGCUGGCAGAAUCGCAAACCAUUCCCCCUCGGAAGCCAAAUCCUCGAGGUCGAGAUCCGCCUCCUGGUCGGCCAACCCGUCACCGACGAGAGACCACCAUUUGCCGCACAUCUCCUACCAGGCGCAGUCUGACGCCGGACCGCUCCUCACUUCAGGCUCGUUAUUUCCAUUCACCUCCGCCGGACCAGCGACAGCUGAGAACCACCACCACAUCGACGGGGUGGGCCACGGCGGAGGCGGCGACGUUCUCCUCCGGUGGGGGCAUAAGAAGCGGUCGCGGGGACCGAGAACGGAGGGCCGUGCAGCGGCAGCGGCGGCGGCGGCGGCGGCGGCUAUGCCACCGCCCUGUGGGCCGUACUCCAAAGUGGGUUACCUCAGGCCGUCCACGCCCGUCCGUGCUGCAACGGCAUCUCUUGCCAACAGCCGGGCCGUGGAGGAGCGAUCGGGAGGUGCACCACGAUCCGAAAAGCGCUUGCCGCAAGACCCACUCGCGAAGGCGAAUCUGGAUGCGGAAGCCGGCGGCGGCGCCGCGACGGAGAAACCGAGUCUGGACCGUUUCAUGUGGCCGCGGAUCUACGUCUCCCUCUCCAGGAAGGAGAAAGAGGACGACUUCUUGGCGAUGAAGGGGACGAAGCUUCCCCAGAGGCCCAAGAAACGGGCCAAGAACAUCGACAGGUCUCUCCAGUAUUGCUUUCCAGGGAUGUGGCUGUCGGACUUGACGCGGGGACGGUAUGAAGUAAAGGAAAAGAUGCGUGUGAGAAAGAAGCAAAGGGGGUUGAAGGGAAUGGAGAGCGAUUCCGAGUGAUGGCUGCGGGAAGCGGAACGAGCCGUGUUGAUCCGAAGAAAUGGAGGGCGGGGGCGCAAACAAGGCAGGAGGAUGCGGGCGCAAACAUUGCCCGCUCGAAGUUGUGCUUCUUGUUCUCGUUUUUUUAGGUGUCUCCGGCUUUUUGGCUCUCGUGUUGUCCUGACUCCUCCCUUUGCACAAUCUCAAGUGUUUUUGGUUUGGUUUCUUUCCGAGAGCUAGCGGGUGCAUGGGGGCCCCGCCGCCCAGGGGACGAUAGCUUCUCAAACCAACACAACUCAUUGGCACAUCCUAACCGAUGAACCAGGUUGCGCAACCAAAUGUGGCAUAGAUGGGUUUUUCGUGACACCGCAAAUAAUUUUGGGAGAAGAUGGUUGUAAUUGGUAUUCGGAAUCAAACACACUAUUAUUGGUUUGA